AUGCCAUCUUAUCGCUUGGAGCAAGCCUCCACUGGCAGAGCCGGCUGCCAAAACAAAGAAUGUAAAGAUGAGAAGGUCAAGAUCGCCAAAGGCGAGCUCCGUCUCGGCACCUGGGUUGACACCGAGCGCAUCCAGGCAUUUUUCUGGAGACAUUGGGGCUGUGUAACACCCAGAAUCAUUGCUAGUCUCAAUGAAAAUCUUGGGGAUGAUGACGAGAAGGAUUACGAACAGCUAGAUGGCUUCGAAGAUCUUACUCCGGAAAAUCAGGAGAAGCUCAAGAAAGCGCUGGAACAGGGCCAUGUCGACGAUGAGGAGUGGAAGGGGGAUGUUGAAAUGAACCGUCCGGGUAAGAAUGGCUUCCGCGUGCGCGGAUCAAAGAAGAAGACGGCUGCCGCUGAGGAGAGCGAUGCUGAAGUAAAGUCUCCUGAACCAAAGACCAAAAAGCGUGGCCGUCAGUCACUCAAGGAUGAGGCUGAAGAUCAUGCUGAAGAGACACCGGAAACCAAGAAACCCAAGAAAGCAGCACGUGGAAAGCGAGCCUCUGAAGGCGACAAGGCGACAAAGGAAGAACCCGAUGACGAUGCGGCAACUCCUGCAAAACCCAAGGCAACUAGAAAGGGCCGUGCCUCGAAGAAUGACACCGAGGACAAGGAGUCCCCGAAGGCUCCUGCCAAAGCUACUAAGCCCGCUGCUAAGCGCCAGCGGAAGGCUGCUGCGAAAGACGACGAAGCGGAGCCUGUUGAAGAAGAGCCUGCUGAGGAAAAGCCGAAGCGAGGCCGGAGGAAGAAGACUGCUGCUUAA